AUGGACUUGGACCUGAACCUCAGGGAGGAGGCUCCCUCGCAUGGACCGUCCUCCGGAGGCCCUACAGCCCCACAACCUCCCUCUACUUCUUCUACUUCUACUGCUUCCUCCUCUGCUUCAACCGCCACACGUGAGGCCCUCGACGAGGAGCUCGCCAGCCGCAGCGUUGCGGACGACCAGCGAGCGCGCUACGGCGCCUUUUCGGCAGCGGCCGCCGGGGAGGGACCAUCAGACGCAGCCCUGCGGGCCGCGGCCGCCUUCCAGGCCUCGACCUACGGCACCGCCCCGGGGGACCAACCCGCGGUCGACACCACCCCCAAGCCCGGCGAACUCUCUGCUGGGCCGUCGGCGACGGCCGAACGAAUGCCGGUGCCGCUGCAGCCGCGGCCCACAGCCUACGCCCAGUUCCAGGCUGGCGGCGGCGGCGGGGCCGGUACGAGCGGGCUGGGCGUGCCGCUGAGACCGGCGGCGGGCAAGGCCCGGUCCAACUCGUGGUCGUACCCGGCCUCGGCCGUGGCUCCCUACGCCAUUCACCCCUUCGUGGCGCCCUCCUCGAGCACCGCAGGCGCCACUGGUAUCGGCACGGGGAUGCCCGCGCCCGGCCCGGCCCAGCCGCGCACCAACCGUACGACCUCCUACCGCCAGCGCGGCGGCAGCCUCUCCUUCUCCAGCCCCGACGAGGCCAUGCGACAGCAGUACCUCCAACAGCAGCAGCAGCAACAAGGGCCGCAGAUGUUUCUUCACUACUCAGCGCCGCAACCGACAUCACAGCCGCAGCCGAUGAUGGCCCAGGACUCGGCGUUUCUGGCGUAUGGCGGCGGCAGCGGCGGCGGCGGUGUGGGGGAUGGUGGCGGAUUCCUGUCGGCCUACCAGCAGUCGCGGGCGCCCCAGCCGAUGACGGCGGCGCAGGCGACGCCGCCGCUGCCGACGACGCCGUCGUCGUUCAUUCGGCGCACGUCCCUCCCGCAGACCUACCUCCACACGAUCCCCAUCAGCCGCUCCGCCUCCUCCGGCUUCACCCCGGCGUCCACCGACACCGCACUCCCCAUCACCGCCCAACCUCAGACGACGGAGGUGCACCAGAAGUUGGAGAUUCCCACGCAUGGCGCACGGGCUCUGCCGAAGGAGAUCGCGACGCACCCGGCCAUCCAGAGCAUCACCAAGUCGCAGUCGGACAGCCAGCAGGCCACCGGGGAAGCCGCGGCGGAGAAGGAGGUCGGCGUGGAGAUCGCGGGGGAGGAAGGCGAGGCCGGUGGCGUGCAGCCCAGCGAGGGCAAGUUCGUGGACAUCAGCGAGUACCUCAACUUGCCCCAGUCCAAGGUGGCCAAGACGCUGGGCAUCCCUUCCUCCACCCUCAGCAAGCGCUGGAAAGAGGCCGCACGCGCCCGCAAAUGGCCGUGGCGGACAGUGUGCAAGAUCGACAAGGAGAUCAUGGCGCUGCUGCACAACAUUCCACCCUCGGUAGCCGCCAAGGGUCCCGAACACGUACCGCCCGAGAUACACACGAGACUGCUGGCGUUGCUGAAGCAGAGGCAGGACGAGCUCAAGCCCGUCAUCAUCCGCCUGUAG